AUGAGCGAAGCAAAUACCACAGAUAUACGAGCCCUUCUCUCUCAGGUGGCGCCACCAAAAGCUCUAGGACGCAAUCACGCAGUCUCUUUCACCAGUCGUUCCAAUGAACGCAUAUUGACCAACGAAGAUCGAUAUUUCGCAGAAGACUGGGACCUGGCAAACGGCGUUUGGAAACUGGCAUUUGUGCUCGAUGGUCAUGGUGGAACUGCAACAGUUGACUUUGUGCUUGAGAAUCUGCCUUCGGUGCUCAAGGCGGCUCUGGUCUCUGGUAUAGAUUCGUCAACGCUUACCCUCGACGAUGCGGCUGUGGCCAGAAUCAUGUCUGAAGCCCUUCUCAGCCUCCAAGAUCAACUCACGAACGAGUUUCUUUCGCUCAUCCCGACAAAACCUGAUGACCUUGCCGCUUUCGAUGCUAAGGCUACCUUCCAAGACAGAACAGGAAAGCCAGGUGUAAUCCUCCGGCGUGUCAUGUCGGGCACAACUGCUUCUGUUGCUCUGAUAGACCCCACGAACCGUGUUCAUAUCGCUGGUGUUGGGGAUUCUGAUGCCUUCCUUUGCUUUACCUCGAGCGCCGAUGAAACAGACUGGGACUGUUGCAGUAUGGGUUUCGCUCACCGAUGCUCCGACCCAAUGGAAGCGGCGCGUAUAUUGGGAGAGCACCCCGGAGAACCAGACUGCAUAAGUCAAACCGGAGUGCCGAGACUCCUUGGUUGGCAUGUUCUCAGUCGAGCAAUGGGCAACAUUUAUUUCAACCUUCCUAUUGACAUCCUGCGAAUCCUCGACGUCGGCCUCGGAGAAGAAAAGCCGUUCAACGAGGCCUUUCUCCGUCUAUUCAAGACCCCGCCCUACCUCUCUCACAUUCCCCAAGUUUCUCAUGAAAGUCGUCCGACACAGAAGUUCCUCAUCCUCGCAUCAGACGGACUGGGCCAUUUGAUGCAGCGGAGGCUUACUGGGGCCGAUUCGGUUGUCUUGGGUCGGAUUUGUGCAAAUGCGGUGGCUCGCGCCGAGGCGGCUGGCCAAAAUCUCGCUGAAGCGGUUCUUUGGGAGGCGAUGGGUGGUGACGGCCCAGACAAUUUGUGUCUGUCUGCGAUAAACGGCACAGCGAAAGGCCGCGUAGAUGACACCACGGUCGUGGUCAUACCGCUGUGA